AUGUUUCGACCACCACCGUGGCUGCCAUUUAUUGAAUAUGUUCUUAUGGCGUUAGAACAUCCGCCAGAUAUGUUUGUAUCAAGAUUGGCUGCGUGUUGUACCAUGCUUUUUUUAACCCGCUCGGAUCCGGAGUUGCUGCGGAGCCUCUGUCACAAAUGGGCAAUCCGCUUCUCAAGGGAUAGGGCCACGCUGGUGGCUCGGAUACGGCGACGUGCACAGGAGUUUCAAAGCCCUCCUAUCAAAUCCCUCAGCUCCAAUGAUGGUUUCAGCAACCUUCCGCCUGGCCCCAAACUGUGCGACCCAGACGAGUGCGUGGAACACUUUCUCAGGCUUGUGAAUACACUUGUACCAAUGUACUUUUCUUGGAAUUGGCAUCGUACGGAGGAUGUGAUUAAUAUCAACAAGGAGUAUGAGGUGUAUGUUAGACAGAAUAUACUCCCCAUGUGCAUGUCGACAGAUCCAGAGGAGGAUGUGUCGGAUGAGGAUGAAUCCUUUUCCAUUUUUCCAGAACGUCUAUCACCGUGCAGCAGUGAACAUAUUUUUGGCUUCACAACAAAAGCCCCCGGCGGUCAACCAGACGGUGAAACGAAAGGGGGUUCUUUGAAUUUUCAUAGGCUUACUUUCACAACCAUUGGGAACAUCUCAGAACGUCUGCAAAAAUCGCCUAAUGGUCUUGUACUUGUAUUUCACGCGAGAUUUUCUGCAAAGAGCUGCGAAGCUCUUCAUAUAUUUGAGGAUAUUCUAAAAAAAGAGCUAUUGGAUCCCGUACCAACUGUUUCUGUUGUUCACGUUGUCGCGGAGCCGGAGCUUGCAAACAUGUUUAACAUAUCAUGGUUUCCAACCAUCAUCUACGUGCCACCCCUGGAAAGGGGCGAUCCCAAUCAUUCAUUGGGCAAGGAGGGGCGUCCUCCGUCAGAAAACAAUUCUAUGGAAAUAAUAUCCAGCCUCUCCGUUCGGAGUGAUAAAAGUACAAAUAAUAACGCGUUUCGCAUGGCUGUAUUACGUAAUUCAGGGCCUUCAAUAUCCGAAGCUUUGUAUGGUGUGCCUUCAGACCCGGGAAGUCCCUCUUCCACAUUGCAUGGAUUUUGUACCAAUGAGGAAGAAAUUUCCACUAUCAUUGGGAAAGGAGACUACCGUUUUUACCCCGCAAAUGCUGUUAUAACCAUUCCCGCGCUUGUGGAGUGGAUCAACAACAAGGGAUUGAGCCGGCCGCGCACGAAGGAUGAUGAGGAUUGUGUGAGUCGUAUUAAGGUUCUUCGUGAGGGUCAGAAAUUUAGGAAAUGCCGUGAAAUGGUGUCAGCAAUAGUGAUGCUGCGUCAAUUGCAAUGUAGUUCAGUGGAACACUGCAGGUUGGUUGAAGGAGAAGCGCCGGUAUUUAUUUUUAUGGGCGGUGGCAUGGCAGCUGGCAAAAGUACUGCGGCGACGGCGUUGUCACGCAGUCUGUGGUGGGAAAAAAAUAAAGCUGACAUCGUGCUGGUGAACGCGGAUGACUUUAAAGUUGCCAUGACCCCGUGGUCCGAAGGUGCAAAGACGAUGCACGAAAGCAGUACCCGUGCCGCGGAAAAACUUUUGGUGAGGGCGAUCAAUCAGGGUCGCAACAUCGUCUUUGAUAGCACCAUGAUGUGGCGUCCCUUCAUUGAGCAAGUCAUGAGCAUGGUCCGCAAUGCACACACGACCUUGUAUCAACAAGGUGUUGGGUAUAAGGAGAAUGGAGCCAUUGAGGAGUACUUCAAGCCUCUUGAGCCGCGAUCCAGACCGUUGGCUAAUCCCUAUGAAGUCCGUUUUCUUGCCAUUACAGUGGAACCAGAAAUUGCCAUCCCCCGUGGAAUUCUUCGUUGGUUUUCAACAGGAAGGGGUGUACCCAUUCCAAUGCAACUGCGCUCGUUUCGUCUCUUCGCGGAGAAUUUUGAACGUUACAUUGAAUUGGUGGACAGCGCCACGCUUUUCAAUAACAACGUGUUUGCGGACCUUACGAAGGGUGAAUUGCCUCCUGUUCUCGCGGAAAAAACGGAGGAGGGCAUGUUAAUUCACGACGAAGAGGCCUAUGCACUCUUUAUGCGUCACCGGCAUCUGAACGAGGGUGCGGAAAACAACUUGGAGCUUUAUUCCUGUAAUUAA